CGCACGUAAAUAAACAAAUUGCAACCUACAGGUUGGAUCCGCUGCUUGUUUGUUUCGCAAAUUUUCCUGUAAUUCGGACCUGCUGAAGACCCUAAAGUCGUCGAAAAUGUGCUCAAUUUCGUCCUUCUCGCGGGGAAGUUAGAAUGACUAAAAAGAAACCAUCGCCUCAAAAUCGCAUUUGGGAAAAGGAACGCCGUGAUCGACUGAAUCAAACAUUCGACAGCCUCUCUAAAUUGCUUCCGGAAUAUGAGCCUGCCACGCAGCUCAGCAAGAUCGAAAUCCUCCAGCGGACGAUCGAGUACGUGGAGAAACUUCAAGACAAGAUUAAAGCGUUUCUGGAGGAACGGGAUGCAUUAUUGAAAAAGCAUGUGGAUGAGCUCGAGGAACGUUUGCAAGCGUUGAUUGCGCGAAACGAAGAUUUAGCUGCUUUGCUCAAGAAGGCGAACAUCAAUGUUCCGCCUUGCAAGCAUGGGUCGGGUGGAGAAAAGGAGAAACCGGAAGAAAAACUUCCAGAUUCUCCAGAAGUUACAAAAUCUAGCAGCAAAUCGAACAAAAAAUCUUCACCUAAAAAGCGAAGCAAGGAUGUGGAGGCAAGCAAUGAACCGUCUGUUAAGCCGUCGAAUCCUGCUACAACGAACGUUGCGAACGCAACGACCGAAACCAGUCUGGUGAAGUCAAACAUCCCAAAUGUCAUCGAAUCAGUGUCCAAAACAAUUUUCGAACCAAGUAGAACAAAUGAAAACGGCGGUGCUGCGGUUGCGGUCGUGUCGACAAUGUGUUCCACUCUACCCAGCACCUGUUUUGUGAUGGCAAACAAUCAGAUUGUAGGGACUUUGAAGCAGGCCACUGGAGUAAACGUUACUCCUGCUCUUCUCUCUACGCCAAUAAUGGCAACUGGAGUGCUAAUAUCUAACAGCGGUAGCGUCCUACAAAUGCCGCUCGUUCCUCAACAAUCAUCGUUACUGAUCGUAAGUAAUGAGGAUGUGCGAUCCAAGAUCAGCCUGAAGAAAAGAUGUAGGUCGAGUUCAGACUCUUCCAAAGCACCAUUGAAAAACAAAAUAUCGGCUAGAGGGGCGAAGUUUAGCAUCAAAUCCAUCGAUGUGAUUCCGGGGCGAAUUGUAAAUGGAAAAAUUCCAAUACCGCCGCUUAAACGAGCCCCUCGACCGACUAAGAAGAUGCUGAAAGAGGUUCGUAGAAAACGACGGAAACGAAAAGCGACAGAUUCGAAGGAAAGUGAGGCAAAAAAAUUCAAAACCGACAAUGCGGAACCAUCAGUAGCACUAGAAAAGAGUGCCCUAAAAGUCACAAAAAGUGAUCAGUCGGUGGAAAAUAAAGUGGCAGGUAAUGUGGAAGGACCUGUAGAAAGUAAGCAGACAAAUACAAAACCGCUGGAGGACCAAUCCAGUUCACUAGACAUGAACUUGGAUCAGACGGAUUUGUCGAAUGAUAUUUUUGCAAAUCUGCAAGUCCCGGAUGGCGAACCAGAUGAAAAUCAAGGGUCACUUUCACCAACAGCAGCUUACCUUAUGAACUUUCCCUUAGUUGCUACUGGUGGAAAAAUUGCCGGAACACAUCACACAGAUGCUCCCGAAGAAGAUGUGCCAGAUGUUGCGGAAGUGGAAAAGAAAGUUUCGUCACAGCAAAACGCUGACAACAACAUAUUGUUGGACAAUUUUUCAUCUUACUUCAGCUCCAGUGUCUAUGUUGGGUCGGAAAAUACGGUGGCUGCUCCUCCUGAACCGCAAAUAAGCUCGAUCGUUACGUGCACAAGUUUUUCGACUAUCUAUCAAUCUAUAGACAGCAUGUUGGAACAUAAAACGCCCCGAACGAAAACCAGUUCCGACUGUAGAUAUGAUACGACUCCUUUUACUUUCACCUUAACAGCCUCCACAAGUACAACCUCCACCGCACAACCUUCAUUCGACUAUAAGCAUUCCUCGACCUCUAGCUACUAUUUUCCCACUCCAGUAUCGAGCAGCAAACCCAUGGAUGAUUAUUGUCUGCCUAAACCUCCGAUUGUUACCGAAUUUACAUUUUCGUUAACGAGUACUACUCCAACUGUUGCUCGAACAGUUCAAUCACAAUAUGCAAUCAAUUCUAUUUACACAUCAACAAUGACCACACCAACGUAUAGCUCGUACAGCAAUCAACCAACCUCAACCAAGUCUGCCAACUACACGGCCAACUACAUUUCAGGAACAGCAACUCAAAUGGAAUCGCGUACUACCGAAAAAUAUGAUUUCUUUGAAACGGAAAAACCAGCAACUAGCUUCACAUUCUCAUUGACUUCAACUACGAAAACGCUGCCCAAGUACACGCAAGCUAGUACGUCUUCCGCAUGUGCAAUACAGAAUAUAAUUUCAACCACAACUACGCUGCCCAAAACCGAAGAUUGUUUGUAUAAAACGUCUAGACCUGCAGCUCAUGGUCAUCAGUCUUUAAAAACACCACACAAGCAAAAAUCGAGCUCACACCUCGCGGGUUCCAGUUGCAACGUUAACUAUCAACCACAGUCCGGGUCAGUCUAUCCUCAAUCCAAGUACGACGUACCUUGGAUGGCCUCGCAAGACCUGAAACCGGGUACAUCAGUUAACCAAGACUACAACCAGAUAAUUCCGGCACUGGAUUUCAAUUCAACUCCAACUCACUCGUAUCAGACGAACAUUGAUUUGAGUCGCAAGUCUGAUAUUUUCUUCGCUCAUCCGACUGGGGAGGAAAAUCUUGUCACUUGGUCUCCCAAUAAGCUUACAAACAUCCUUAAUGAUACAUCUUCACCUUACUACCCACCGACAACCGCCAGUUUACCGAACCUCAACGGAGACCUUGCACUGAAUACCAUAUCAAACGGCUGUCAAUCCACUUCCACUUCAAAAUCUGCUACACAAAGCAGAAAAGGAAACGAUUCGGGGAGCACUUUUCUCUCCGUACAACAACUGGUUGAUCAACCGAGAAAAGUCACCAACAAAAAUUACCCCAACUGUGGUAAUUACAGUACACAUCAUAAAUCUCUCCAUAAUAACUACUCCGCUGAGGCAUUAAUUGCCAGCGUUCCUGGUAGCACAUCAAGUAAGAAAGAAAAAUACUUGAACGAUCCGAGCUUUGCCGGAUAUAAUACGUAUGGUACCGAGGCUAACGUCGCAACCGGUCUCUCGUUUAAUUUCGAUUACUCAACUGACUACAACAAAAACUACAACUACACCUGCCAGCAAAACUACAUGACCUCAUUCAUGGACAACAGUUACUGCAUACCCACACUUCCGGCACCAAACGUCACCAGUUCCUGCUCGGCAGUAACCAACUACAGCAACUACGGAUACGUGGCUGAUAAGAAGCAACCUACAAGUUACUACCAGAGUUCAUCCUCUUAUCAUACAACCUCUUCCUCGGACAUUCCAUACUACGUUCCGUCUAGUGAAAAACGGACGGCGCCGAUGGCAUCGGCGAAGCCGAGGAAAUCUCACAAACUACCAGUCUCUACUAACGAAUACGUUAGCACGCUUCCAUCGACUUCCAGCUCCGGUUACUUCCCGGCGAUACUGCCUCCACCUCCGCCUACCCUAGCGGACGAUCCACUGUGCUACAAUAACUUUAGCUUUAACCCGGGAACGACGACGAAAAGUGCUGCUGGCAGCUGCUACAAUCAACCCUACCAGAGCAGAACUGUUCCGAACUACUCGUUCGGUGCCGGUGGUGUUCAGUCAUUUUCGUCGUCGUCGUCGUUGACACACGGUGGCAGCAAUAGCGUUUCGUCAAGUUCGUUGGCGAACUUCAAUCUCAGCACCAUUUGUCCGGAGAUCAACGAAAAAAAUGCCACCACAGGGGGAGCCGUUGCGGUAGCGGUCGGUGCGGCAAUAGCCGGGGGAUCCGGUUGGUGAUAUGUUUAGGAGGGAGUUCUUUAGUUGUUAGUACAGUUGAAGUAUUGUAAUAUAAAAAUGAAACUACA